AUGGCCCGGAGAGGGAGCGGCGAACCAGAGGUCUACGAGUUGUCGCAGAACGAAUGGGAGACCGUUGGCGAUGGCCUCGCGGAAGAAGAGGACGUGACCGAGCAGAUGGAGGCCGAGCCGGAAUUGGAGGUGAGGACCCCACUUCGGACAGUUCGCAGGAGCACAAUCUCCCGGAUGGUCAAGAAGCCUACAUCACAGAGUCCACCGGGCAAGAGGUCAGGGAAGCCCACAGCUCGAGCAGAAGCAUCACCGGCGAAGAUGAAGGGGACGGCAGCAGCAUCGUCGAGCGAACAAGUGGACAUGGGCAGGAUGCAAGCCAUGUUCGCGCAGAUGCAACAAUGGAUGAUGCAGCAGAAAUCGUCGCUGGAGGAAGAGGAUCCGGUGGUGGACGAGAAGCCUUCCAGGCGAGGUCGCAGCAAGGAGCCGAUGCCGCAGUCGGAGAAGGUCAAGAAGACGCCGCGGGCGGUCCGGACAGCGGCCCUGACAGGAGACGAGGCUCCGUUCCCGUCGCUGUCGACCCAGUUCUCAGCGGAUCCCACCAUGAACCUCAUGCUGAGCCUCAAAUCCCAGACGUUGGUGUUCAAAUGGAAGCUCCUCUUACUCCUGCUGCGGGUGAAGGGCGCAGUCGAGGUGGACCCCAAGAAGAAGUGGCGGCGAAAUCCUCGCUGGGUGAUGAAGAUGCACGGCAACCACAUCGCGUCGCUUUGGGGUCGCCUGGCUCGGACAGUAGAAGAGAAGCACUACAAGGGUGGCGACCAUGAGCUGGCGAAUGACCCAGUGGGGGACGAGAGCUACGCUGGGGCGGCCUCCGUGACGGCGAAUGACCCACCCGAGGAGUAUGCCAUGACCAUGGUGGACGACGCGGAGACGGGUGAGUUUGGCAGGGCGUUGAAUGAUGAACUUCGCAGCCCGGUCAAUUCGGCCGCUGCGCCAUCAUUUCGAAAGCCCCUCAAUCGUCGACAGACGAGGACGCUUCAGCAAGGAGUGCAACGAGCCCUGCAGACCCACAACAAGAUGUUUGAUGUCCUGGAUGCGAAGGUCAACAUGAAGGAAUGUUGGACCCUUCUCGAAGUCUUUGCCGGGCGCGCUCGAUUGUCUGACUUGGCCCGGCGACGGGGAACCUGCUGGCGGGUGUUACCUCCUCAAGAUGUCCUGUACGGGCUGGAUCUGUUACAGGAAGGCGAGCUGCAACUCUUGAAGGAUGUGAUUCGCACACAACAGCCUGAUGUCAUCACCCUCGCCCUACGGCUUCCGAUCAUGUCCCGUCGGCAACAAGUUCAUCAAAAGGUGGUACACUUGUGUCAAUUGGGCCUCAGAGAUCGGAUAUCAGGGCAGCCACAUAAGAAGCCCACAGCCGUGCAGAUGAACCACCCGGCUUUGGAGACGGCGAUGUUUCCGGAGAAGGUCUGUGGCUGUCAGCCGGGAGCACAUCAAACUAUUGAAGGCACUGUGAGGAUUCGGGAUCCGAUAGAAGGAACAGUGAAGUCGGUGAAGCGAUCCACACUGGCUGCGGAAUGGACAGAGCCAUUCUGCAAUUGGCUACUUCACGGCCUUGAGGCCUUGCGAGAAGAGGGAACCGACUGCGUGUUGGACUUGGAACAGCCCACGCCUGCUUCACAAAUGUGGGAUACAGUGCCUGUGGAGGUGGAGAAGUCAGCUGAAGGGCAGAUCAGACAACAGCUGGCGGCAGCGGAUGGCCUGCACAAGUACGAUUACAUCACCUUCUUGGGCAGUUCAGGUGCCCUACCUCGGAAGAUGAGAUCGACCCUGGCCCAUCUGCAUGUCGCUCUCGGUCACAUUGGGAACGACAAGCUGGCCCGCAUGAUGUCACAAAAUGGAGCCAAGCGAGUGGUCCUGGAGGCGAUCAAGCAGUUGGAUUGUCAAGUGUGUAAAAGGGUGACGGCACCACACAUUACGCCUAAGGCUGCAUUUGCUCGGCCGAUGUCCUUCAAUGUCAGACUGGUGACGGACACCUUCUAUGUGUGGGAUGCCAAACUACGCAAGUUUGCGGUCACCCACGUGAUGGACGCAUUCUCGUUGUACCGUUGGAUGGCGACAGUGGACGAGAUGGAGGCAACUCGGGUGACGAAGGAGGCCUUACAGGACCUGGCGAAGCAGCUGAGCUCAGGCAGAGUGAAUGCAGAUAUCCUGGAGGACGACAUCCCAGAACAGCCACCUGAAUAUCAACCUGAUGGUCGGUAUCCACAGAUGGAGUUCAGUGAUGAAGAGGAUUCGCCUGAGGCACCGGUUGGGCCGGAUGAGUUGAGGAAGGCAACAUCAGUCCUGGAUGACGUGCCCAUGUCAGUCGCCCAAGGUGUACAGAGUGGUCGACACUCGGCCCCUGAUCGGUCAACUCGCCGGAGAGUGGGUCCAGCCCCGGCGGAGGCUUCAUCAAUCCGGGCGACAGUAGCAUCUUCUUCAGCAGAUGACCCGGCGUUGAGGACGGUGAGGCAGAAGAGAGAUUUCUAUGAGGAGGCCUUCAAGACCACUCAGGAACACCUCAAGAAGAUGAAGAAGAAGCUUGAGCCCCAGUCUACCCUCAUCGUAAAGCCAGUCGCUACGUCUCCGGAGAUGGAAGAGUCGGAGCAGAGCGGAGAAGUGGAGGAUGCACUGGUCACUUCCGAGUCGGCAGAUACUAACGUGACCUCAGUCGACUCGCCCUUCAUCGACGUCGACUUGUUCGCCCUGCCUUCGGUGACGGAUGAUGCCGGCCUGCAACAUGAAGUGCCCAGCCAGAUGUUCGUUACAGAUAUGCUUCUGGAGAGUGUUCCGUUGGAGAGGCCGUUCGAUGUGUUGGAGGCCCGAAGCCGGACCCCUCGAGGCUUUAGUCAAGUGGGGAUCCGACGGCAUCCUACUCCGUCGACGAGGGCAAAGGUGACCUCUACAAAAUGGCGCCAGCUGGGUGACGUUCCCGGAAGACUACGACGGCCUUUGACCCAAGCAGAGUUGGUUGAGGCAUACCACAAAGGUGGUUUUGAUGACUUCCACAUCACCCGAGGCCCUGAAGGUGACUACUGGUUGCACUCCCCAUUUCAGCGAGAGCUUUGGAGAGUGCAUAUUCAACCUCGACGACGCAUGUUUGUCCCUGGCGCCAUUCCAGAUGAAGAUCACCCACAGGAUGCUGAACCACUACCUGCUGGAGUUCGCGGAUUACAUGGGCUUCGAACUACGCAGGUGGGAUACUUGGCGCCUUCCAACACCAAAGACUAUAUCCUGGACAACCUCUACUGGAAGGGGUGGAAUACGGCCUUGGACCCUGGCUCGCCAAUGGAGGGGUGUGACCCGUUUUCUGACUUUGGAUCCGAUCCCGGAUCAUCCAGUCCUGGCAACGUGGAUGUGAUAGCUGACUCCUCCAUGACUACGAACUAUGUGGAGUUGGCUUUGGAGGUGUUGGCCACCUUUGAGGUCUUUGAGAGCAACAACCCGUUGGUCCAUCCUGACCCGCAUCCACACUGGCGGGGGCGGCAAGAGUUGGCUGAAGAUGACCCGUCACACACCUCUUUGGUGGACAUUCCAAAGCCGCCUACUGGGAAGAUACGACUCGAACUUCAAUGGUCCCAGCUAAGUCCGGCAUGGCAGCAGGCAUUUGAGGAUCCGAUCAAGGAUGCUUUGGAUAUCUACUUCAAACACGAUGCCCUGACCCAUGUCAUGCCGGACGAGAAGAUCUUGGAUGAGGAGGUGCUCCCCAGCAGGUUCGUGCUCGUCAACAAAGCGGACCCGAAGAAUCAGCACCCAGAGGACUCUGACUUGGAGGAGGCCAAGUUGAAGGCACGGCUUGUCAUCGCCGGGCACAAGGAUCAACGUGCUGGUGACUUUGAGACCCAGGCUCCGACAGCUUCCCUCCUGUCCCACAAUUUUUUGUGCUUCGUCGCUGCCCAGUACAAGUGGCGAAUGUUUUUUGCCGACAUUUCAGCGGCAUUCUUACAGGGAGAUUAUCUUCCAGAGGGCCGAAGGGUCUUCAUCCGGUCGCCCAAGAACUACCCGAUGUUUGUCCGGGAGUUCCUCAUGACCAAGAUACCUCCGGGGGCGAGGACGGACCUGUUCCGCAUGAAGAAGGCUGGAUUUGGUUUGGCCGAGAGUCCGAGAUUGUGGUACCAGAGGUUCAAGCGGGACAUCAUGAGCAUUGGCGGUCGUGAGCUAGCCCUGGCGCCUGGGGUGUUCUCGUUUUGUGGACCCGAUGGUCAGAUCUGGGCCCUUUUGGCGGUGCACGUUGAUGAUGUGAGACUGAUCUGCAGUCCAAGAGCCGAAGAAGAUUUGUGGCCAAGUCUGAAGCGGCUUUUCACCUUCGGUGAUUGGGUCCACCCCAAGGACUUUGUGAAGUUCUGUGGCCGCUACGAGAAGCAGAUGGAGGACUUCUCGGUGGUGAUCCAGAUGGACGAGUAUGGCACCAAGAUCAAAGAGCCUCCGGUUCGUGCAGCUGGCCAGACUUUGGAACCUCUUACUCCGAAUGAGAGGUCAUGGAUUGGCACGAUCAUUGGGCAGGUGAGCUGGCUAGCACGACAAGUUCGAGGAGAUUUGCUCUUUGGAUGCUCCCGGAUUCAACAGCUCGCGGGGGUUGGGGAUGCCUCCGCAUUGCAAGAGUUGAAGAUUUUGGUUGAUCGAGCCCGCGUUCCACGACGGCAAGUGUUUCGACACCUGGGAUGCGACCUGGAGACGAUGGUGGUGCUUGGGGUGUCGGACGCAUCCUUCAGUGGCAUGCCGCGUGGAAGAUCGCAAGGCGGUUCAGUUCUUUUGGUGGCCAACCCGACGAUCCUGGAGGGAGAGGCUCGCGUGAAUGUCCUCACGUUCCAUUCAUCGCUGCUCAAGCGGGUGGUUCGAUCAUCAUUGGCUGCGGAGAUUAGUCAGGCAGCCACGGUGAUGGAAGAAGCGGACUUCCUCCGCGCCUUGAUGGCCGAGGCUUUGGAUCCUGCCUUCCAGCUGCGAAAUUGGAUGGCAUCGGUGGCGAAGUGGCGCCAGCUAGCAGUUUUGGAUUCGAGGACAGGAUACGACCUCCUCAACGGCACCUCCCUCGGUGAAGACAAGAGGUUGGCGAUUGACGUCGCCAGCAUGCGACAAGCCUUGCAGGAGGACGGAGCCGCCCGAGCAGUCCGUUGGGUACCAGGAGAAGAGAUCUUGGCCGACGAUCUCACCAAGCUGAUCGGAAACGGUCGGCUCAUGGACGUGCUCGAGGGUGGCUCGUGGGCCUUGAAGGACACCGAGACCGCGAAGCAACUGAGGGCGGACGCGGCGGUCCGGAAGCGGGCGUACCGUCAGCGACGGAACGCUCGAUAG